AUGUACCAGGUGCCGCGCCUCGAGCUGCUCUGCGCGCAGGCGCUGCAGGAGAGCGUCGCGCCGGCGACCGCCGUGCCGCUGCUCGAGGCGGCGCACACGAUGGGCGACGGGCGGCUCCUCGCGCAGUGCCGCCGCUACGUGGCCGACCACGCCGCCGAGGUGCGGGCGAGCGGCGGCGUGGAGCAGCUGCGCGACCUGGGCGUGGCCAAGGGGCUGCUCGGCGACGCGCUCGACCAGUGCCGCGACUUGUGGUCCGUCGUCGCCAAGCUGCAGAACAUGUGCGAACCAGUGCUUAUGACGCUCAAGGAGUAG